UUUCAACACUACUAUAUAACAAAUAAUUUGAGCAGUCAUGGCUGUAACUACAGUAGUGCUCCUCACUUUCUUUGUGGCCCUGUUUGCUCCUGGCACAGCCAGGAGCCUCAACAGUGAGACGGAAGUAGCAGACCCCGAAAACGUGGCAAAUGUAAAACUAGUAAAGAAAGAGGCGGAAGUAGCAUCCCUUUUAGAGACGAGAGGGGGACCCGGUAUUUUGGGAGAAGAAGAACUAGAGCGAAGAGGGGGACCCGGUAUUUUGGGAGAAGAAGAACUAGAGCGAAGAGGGGGACCCGGUAUUUUGGGAGAAGAAGAACUAGAGCGAAGAGGGGGACCCGGUAUUUUGGGAGAAGAAGAACUAGAGCGAAGAGGGGGACCCGGUAUUUUGGGAGAAGAAGAACUAGAGCGAAGAGGGGGACCCGGUAUUUUGGGAGAAGAAGAACUAGAGCGAAGAGGGGGACCCGGUAUUUUGGGAGAAGAAGAACUAGAGCGAAGAGGGGGACCCGGUAUUUUGGGAGAAGAAGAACUAGAGCGAAGAGGGGGACCCGGUAUUUUGGGAGAAGAAGAACUAGAGCGAAGAGGGGGACCCGGUAUUUUGGGAGAAGAAGAACUAGAGCGAAGAGGGGGACCCGGUAUUUUGGGAGAAGAAGAACUAGAGCGAAGAGGGGGACCCGGUAUUUUGGGAGAAGAAGAACUAGAGCGAAGAGGGGGACCCGGUAUUUUGGGAGAAGAAGAACUAGAGCGAAGAGGGGGACCCGGUAUUUUGGGAGAAGAAGAACUAGAGCGAAGAGGGGGACCCGGUAUUUUGGGAGAAGAAGAACUAGAGCGAAGAGGGGGACCCGGUAUUUUGGGAGAAGAAGAACUAGAGCGAAGAGGGGGACCCGGUAUUUUGGGAGAAGAAGAACUAGAGCGAAGAGGGGGACCCGGUAUUUUGGGAGAAGAAGAACUAGAGCGAAGAGGGGGACCCGGUAUUUUGGGAGAAGAAGAACUAGAGCGAAGAGGGGGACCCGGUAUUUUGGGAGAAGAAGAACUAGAGCGAAGAGGGGGACCCGGUAUUUUGGGAGAAGAAGAACUAGAGCGAAGAGGGGGACCCGGUAUUUUGGGAGAAGAAGAACUAGAGCGAAGAGGGGGACCCGGUAUUUUGGGAGAAGAAGAACUAGAGCGAAGAGGGGGACCCGGUAUUUUGGGAGAAGAAGAACUAGAGCGAAGAGGGGGACCCGGUAUUUUGGGAGAAGAAGAACUAGAGCGAAGAGGGGGACCCGGUAUUUUGGGAGAAGAAGAACUAGAGCGAAGAGUAGUGUAAUAUGGAGGCUGGUUGCAGCAGUUUUAGAGUAGUUUUAGCAGUUGUGUAGAUUGUAAUUUAGUGAUUAUUAUGACCGUUAGUAAUGAGUGUAGUUUUAGGUAGUUAAGUGACCACGUGGUAUCACGUGGCGCGUGUCGAUAACGCAUUUCUGGACACGUUAGGAUUAGUUCUGGAAAAGCUCUUUAGGUGACGUGUUUAAUCAAAGUGUUAACCGCUGAUCUAGAACGCCAAACGUGGCCCGUCUUGCCACAGUUUAAGUUGUGAUUGUUGAUAAUAUCUUUAUAUUCAUCAUUCGAACGUUAUUACUCGA